CCUUGUCUGUAGGGUUUGUGGCUCUGUUACCCCCAGCAGAUUUUCAGUUAUUUUGGAAACUCCCAACUCUCCACGGUCUUCUUCUCACCACUGAUGUGUUGACUUUCCCCUCUCGGAGUGGUCAAACACUUGUGACGGACGGCUUAUUGAUCCGUGGACGUGGACAUUCCUUCCCCUGUCUGGAGACGAGAAGCUUUGUUUGAGCAAAUCAGAGAAGGGACAGAGGGAGGGAUGGAGACAAAGACCCUGCUGCGUGUUUAGACUCAGAGCACGGUGAGGAUCUCAGACUGGCCUCAGAGCUUGUGGGUGCUGCAUCGAGAUCUGAAUCUAAAGAAUUUGACCAAAUCUAGAUUAAAUCUGGAUUUAAAAUUCAACAGGAAGAAGAUGGAGCAGUAAUGGAAGGAUUUAAAGAGGCGUUCACACAGUGAAGCUUAGGUUUUCAAUAUGGAUACCUUAAGAAAGAACAAAAAUCCAUGGGUGCUUUAUGAGACAGAAGUGCCACACAGCAGGUUUUGUGACCCUGCCUGUGGAGUCAGUCCUGCAGAGAAACUGACCCCCGAGCACCUGCAGCUCCUGAGAAAUGCAUUCACCAGUCCGAAAGCUGGAGCGCAGAUGCAUGAAAACAGGCCGAAAGGAAGGAGCGGAAGGAACAGAGGAGGAAAUGAAGAGCGUGGAAUGAAGUUUGAAGAGUUUCGGGAGGUUUUGAGGUCUGUGGUUGGUCCAGAUGUUGAAGACACGUGGGUUGAGAGGUUUUUCAGUGAGGUAGAUAUCAGCUGUACAGGUCAGGUGAAGUGGCAGCAGCUUUGUUCCUACCUGCUUCUGGAGUACACUGAGAGAGAGAGAGCCUCCAUCCCCAGAGCAGCUCUCCUGGACUCCCAGCCGCAGAUCAGACACUGCUCUCACAACAAGCGGGAGCCAACAGUGCGUGUGGUUGCAGUCUCCCAUCCUCCUCCACUCCGCUAUAUUAGUGUCAGUAAGGGAGGUCAGAUCACUGUCUGGAACAGCAGCCUACACAUCCUCAAAACUCUAGGGCUUGCUGGAGACCCAACAGAGGAAGUGGCCAACACAAGGAGAUUCAGAGGCUGGACCACUGAUGCUGUCUCUAUGGGCAACGUCCACAAGGUCGCCAUAGCAACCGACUGCAGGGACUUGCACUUUGUGAAUGUCUCGGGCAGUGUAUUCGAGGACGUCCACCUGUUUGGGUUCCGCAGUGUCCCGACUGCUCUUUGUUACUGGUACGAUGUUCAGUGUCCAGAGCGACCCUCUCUGUUGAUACUGGGGGAUGAAAAAGGAGGAGUCCACCUCAUGUGGUUCCUGGAUCCAUCUAAAGGUCUUUUCAAGAAUCCCUCCAAGGCAGAGAACGGCCCACAGAGGAUCUUUUUCCCAGACCUCGCUGAACACAGCAAAACGGUGUCCUACCGUCACAUUCCCAACAUCCACCAGGAACCGAUCAACAGAGUGAUGUUUGAGCCCGGCACCAACGUCGUCAUGACAUCAUCAGAAAGUGACACCACCUCUGUGGUCUUUAUGAGUGUGACACUGAAGCAGGAGCCUUACAUUUGGAAAUUUAAGCAGGGAGCUAAAUGUUUUGACUACAGUGCGUCUCUGCAGCUGAUCGUCACAGGAAGUUGUGACCGAGCAGUCAGACUGUGGACUCGAUAUGUGACCACGAGUCCCGUAGCUACGCUGCUGGGUCACCGCGCCACUGUGUUGGAUGUUGCAAUCUACCAACCUGUCGGGCAGAUCUUCAGCUACUCCAGAGAUGCUGAGCUGAGGGUUUGGGACAUUUCCAGCCAUCACUGUCUGAAAACCGUUGGCCUGCAGUUCCCCUGCCAGCAGCCAGGUCGAAUCCCAGAACAUGGCAACUUCCCCUUCCUGUUGCUGAGCCCUCCUCUUCCUGAGCAGACACAGUCUCAUCUAGUGGUGGGAUGCAAAGAUUACCUGGCACUGCUCAACCUGGCUGAAACGAGAAGAGGAGGAGGCGGGUGGUUGACAGAUGAAGGACCAAACAUUCACAGUGGUCCUGCCCUCUCCUGUGCUCUGUACAGCUCCACUCUGAGACAGGUGGCAACCGGACAUACAGACUCAUCUGUGUCUCUGUGGGACGUAGAGACGGGGAGGAGGCGGCUUCAGAUCUUAAACGCUCAUGGAGAAGAAGAGCUCACCUGCAUGGCACUAGACUCCUCCCACAGAAGACUGAUCACUGGGGCCCGCAACGGCACUAUAAAGGUGUGGAACUUACUAAACGGCCUCAACUUGCACAAACUGGAGCCCGUCACCAACUCUGAGGUCACCGGGUUGACCUGUCUCCGUGACAACCAGCUGCUGUCCGUUGGGUGGAGCCAACGGAUCGCUCAGUACGACAUCGCAGCUGCCAAGGAUUUGUACAUAAGAGCAGACAUGUCGUGGAAGUCCAGCGGUGUCCACAAAUCCGACAUCUUGGCGGUGUGUCAGUGCUCUGCUCUGGGGGUCGUCGCCACGGCGAGCCACGACGGAGAGGUCAUCAUCUGGAGGUUGGAGACCCAGGGACCGGUGCUCCACCUUCAGAGACCGACACAGAGAGGAGCGGUGCCCCCUGUGGAUGACCUCUUGUUCCUGCAGCACCGGGCCAGCAACAGAAAGCUGAGAAACAGAGGUGUCCUGGUCUCAUCGCAGGCUGGCUGCCUCUGCUUUUGGAGCGUCACUGGACAGACGCACACCUAUGGCCAGUUCUAUGCUCCAGAGCAGCCAGGUGAGCGUGUGCUGAGCUUGACCUCAGAUCAGCCUCAAAACAACAUCCUGGUCUCUGGAGACACAACAGGCCGGGUUCAGAUCUGGGACAUCUGUCACUACGCGCUGGACAUCCAACACGAGCCAGUGUGUGAGCGGCCUCCUCUGCUGCAGAGCUGGAGAGCUCAUGAGAGAGCAUUAGUAAGUGUGGACGUCCUCGAGGUGGCCGACGGGUUGUUCGUCCUCACAGCCUCGGCCGACGGCUCUGCUGGACUGUGGACAAAGGACGGAGAUCAUGUGGGUUCAUUCGGUCAGGAAGUGAUGUGGAAUAUCAGUGAGCCAGCUACGUACCAGAGGAAGACACAAAAGAAACUGACAGAAGACACAAAGGAGGAGAGGACUGAAGGUGACGACCCGGGGCUCAGCGAGGUCAAAGGUCAAGUACCUGGUCCCGCCAACAGGGGUCAAACUUCACAGGAGGAAUGCUGUUCUGAAGCUUCACCCGCCAGCCCAGCAGAGAACGUCCACGAGCAACCUCAGCAACCUCAGCAACCCAUGUAUCUGUGUGAGGACUUGUGUAACAACAGGAGGCAUCGGUUUGAAGACAUCCACCACAGCAAUCACUGCUGAUUGGCUGUUUUCGCACCAUCAGACUCUGGUCCUGCAGGAGAUGCCUCCACUGAGGAUUUACCCACAAUCCCCUGGGCGUGGUAUCAGAGUUUGACUAACAGCAAAAGGCUCAGCUCACAGCAUCUGGAAGGAAAAGUGAGCUCUCCACCUGUCCAGUCUGAUAUAAAACGAAG